AUGAAGGAAAUUAAUAAAUCUGAAAGAGAUAUAAGGCAAUUAUUGCCAGUUAUGUUGAUAGGUUUUGUUACCAUAGUUAUGUAUACAAUAUUUGUUACAUUUUAUUGUAUGGUUUUAUUGCAAAUUAACGUCGAAAAACAAUAUGUUGACAACAAUCUAUUAAAAGAAGGAUAUACUAAAUUAAUAACUUUUCAUAUUUUACUAUUUUUACUAAUUUGGUCAUUCUAUAAAACAUGUAGAGUAGACCCUGGCACAAUUCCUGAUACACAUGAAUGGCUAGUUGAACCAGAUGUUAAUAGGAUAAAUGAGAGAGAACAAACAGGUGAACUUCGUUUUUGUAUACAUGAGCAGAAAUAUAAACCUGACAGAGCUCAUUAUUGCAGAGCAAUAAAAAAAAAUGUGUUAAAAAUGGAUCACUAUUGUCCAUGGGUUGCAAAUUGUGUUGGUUUUUACAAUUAUAAAUUUUUUUUAUUAAGUUUGUUUUAUGCUAACUUAUGUUGCUUUUAUGUUGAGAUAAAUUGCCACUCAUCAUUUCCCGAUUUUAAUUCAAAUCCAAAUGUUCUAUUUAAUGAAGUUUUUUAUUUGUUCUUAGAGAUUGUAUUAACUAGCGUUAUUUUAUUAAUAAUAUUUCCUUUUUUUUUAUUUCAUUUAUACCUCACCUCAAAGAAUUAUACAACCCUUGAAUUUUGUGUUAUUGGUCAGAAAAAUAAAAAAAAUAUUUAUGAUUUGGAAAUUGAAGAAAAUUUUAAACAAGUUUUAGGAGACAACAUUUUAUUUUGGUUUUUACCUGUUGGAAAACCAAAAGGAGAUGGGCUGUUCUUUAAAACUACUUAA